UUCUGUCACUUUGCUCCGUCUCGUCUCCGUCCCGCGUUGCCAUGGUGGAACAGCGGUCGCCUAGCAACGGGAUAAACACCUGAAAGCUAGCUAACGUUAGCCUGAGCUCAAUUAGCCCUGGAGUUUUCACAACUGUCCCGGAGGAAUGAUGGACAGAGAACUGAACGAAGUGGAACUGCAGGAUUUGUACGCAUGGAUAGACAAGAUACCGCUGUCCCGACCCAAAAGACACGUUACGAGGGACUUCAGCGACGGAGUGAUGGCUGCUGAGGUUGUAAAAUAUUUCUUCCCGAAACUUGUUGACCUGCACAAUUAUAUUCCUGCAAACUCCACAGCCCAGAAGCUGAGUAACUGGAGCCAGCUGAACAGGAAAGUCUUCUCCAAGCUGCACUUUCACGUUCCUGACGAGACCGUGAAGAAGAUUGUGCUGAGCACCGUAGGAGUCAUAGAGCCUGUGUUGAGCGCUCUCAGGGAGAAGAUAGAAAAGAAACUGGAGCUGGCCACACACAAUAUGCUGGAGAUGGAAUACUAUGACACCAGCAACCAGGGAAAAGAAAUUCAUCAGGCUGACGGAAAGCUUUUAAAUCACAUGGCAGGAGAAGAGAUGAAAAAAGAUGAAAAGAACAAGUUGAAAAAUGGUAAAGCACAGCAAACUGUGCAGUUUUACACAGACAUGGACCCUGGGCUUCGGCUGAUCCUGCAGGAAAAGGAUCAGGCUGUCAUGGCUUUGCAGGAGACUGUGGAGAUCCUGAAGAUGAAAGUGAGCAGGUUAGAACAUCUGGUUCGCUUGAAGGACAUGAGAAUCGAGGACCUGACGCGACAUCUGGACACAUACAAAGCGAAAGGCAACACAUAUUGACAGAAGCGUGUUGAAGGAAGGAGUGUGUAUAUGUUUUUGUAGUGCGUUUGUAUUCGUGUGAGCCUUCAGCUUCGGUGCCUUUAUGCAGCCUGUGACUCUGUGACUGCCAGCUGCUCGCUAAAUGAAUUUAUCGAUUAAAUUGACACAUGGUCUGUUUGAUUCUAAGUAAAAUGUAACGAACAAGCUGAGAGGAUAUUUGACGCUUGGAAAUGAAAUGCUACAAACAAUUAUGCAGCGUUAGGUUUAUACACUGUCUGUCACCUCCCCCGAGUCUAAAUUAAUGUAUGAGGCAACUGAAAUAUGACCAAAUAUAGUAAUAGACGCACAUCACAUGCAGUUGUGUCCAUUGAAAUGCAGGGAUGAUACCUGUGAGAUGGCGUUAGAAGAGGGCAGGGUGCUCCACAGAUAAGACCUGGUGGUAUGUCCAUCGGCGUUUGUGUGUCUGCCCCUGUGUUGUCUUUGUUCCUACCCCCCUCCUUGUUAGUGUAGAAUAACUGGGGACAGGCGCCCCGCUGAGCCGUAUCAGGGGCCGCUGAUCUUGUCCAGCUGCCUGCUGCUGUGCCUGAGCACAGUUAUGCUGAUAACCUUUAUGUCACCGUGUCAAUCACUAUUAUCACACUGGCGUAAAAAUCUCACAGGUUUGAUAUGUAAAUGUCUUUCAUCACUUAUGCAGAAUUAAGCUAUUUCCUAUACUUUUCUGUUAAUUCACCUAUUAUAAACUUCCAGGAAGAGGAUGUAAAGCAUGGAGUGUAAAUGUAGGUUACAUUAUAGGCAAUAAAAGUAAAUAUGAACAACGA